UUCUCGGUUGCCUUCUUGACUCUGCAAUUAGUCCCAAACUGUACUUGGAAGUGACAUAACGCUGUAAUUAUACAAACCAGAUGUAAGAGGUUUUUGUACGGACAUGUUCCACAGUGCAUCUAAACUGACAUUUGGAAAAGCCAUCAAUCUCAUUGUUGAACCCAAUGGAACUCCUGCCCGCCCAACACUGUCCAUCCUCACCCCACACCACAAGAUAGAGAAUGAUGACCAGCCUGAGGUGUGCCUGGCUACAGGCUUCUUUCCUAGGAUUGAAAACAUGAAUCUCACCCUGGGGAAUAAUGUUACUGUCCCACGCAAAACAACCAAGGCAGCUUUAUCUUCCACACGUACCUACUUCUUUGCCGGAUUCUCCAAAGAGAAUAUCAAGCGUUGUGAGAUGGAUGGCGUCGUCAAGAAGCGUGUUGAUGGUGGUUUUCCAGAUGUGUCUAACGAUAAGACCACGGCUACAACUGCUUCUGACAAUUGCGAACAUGAACGCCUCAACAAUGCUACUGCCACCAACUAUACCGAUUAUACCAAGAUGAACUUCACAUCCUUGGUUGUGUAUGGUUUGAGAGUGCUGUUUGCCAAAGCCGUGGCAUUUAAUGUGCUAUUUACUGUCAAGGCCCUGGUGUUCUAGACCUAUUUUCACUUGGACUCCUACUUUUCAGUUCUGCUUUGCAUCCAGUUUGUGAAACCUGCCUUGUGGUUUUAUCGAGAGCUUCAACAGUAUUAGUAUCUGACUUUUUCAUUGUUGAAUGCUGCAAUUCCUCUGCUUACACUUUGGAAAUACUAGAUACUAAAUACACAUGUUAUGCAUGUGAUUGUUCGGUAUUAAACAUUAGGUUACAUUUUAUAUUCUAUAUCAUUUUAUAUUGUGUUAUGUUAUUUCUAUUGACUUGUAUUAUAUCUUUAACUGCAAGUUGUCAUCAAAGUGUAUAAAGACGUCAAAAAUGAUUUCAAACAAUAAUGUAAUUGUACAUUGAUCAAGUUGUGUACGUGGAUACUUUGCAGUUGUUUCUAAAUGCACAAAACCUGUCGAUAGAGAGUUUAAACCACAUUUUCAACAGUACAUUGAAACCAUAUGAACAGCCAAACCAAAUGAACAGAUAAAGAUCUAUAAGACACCUUGACUUCCAAGAAAUGGCUCCAUCAGUUACUUUAUUUGCAUGCGUGCUCAAGAAGUAACAAUAGCGAGAAACACGCAUGAUAGUGAGAAACACACACCUUAUAAUGGUUGAUGAAUUGUAUUAUGAAAAUCAUUUGCAAUUACAUGUGUGUCUGAUAUCAGUCAAACAUUUUAUAAUCGUAUAUGGGAGCUGUAAAUGUAUUGAAAUAAACAGACACUGCUUUUUUAUUCUAAUCUAAACCAUUAUGAACUUGAAAAGGUGGAUGUCUAUCAAAUGACUAAAAUGGUCGGAAAGUAGUAGUCAGACUCCGGUUUACCAGAAACAUUUGCUUUGGACUAAUCAUUAGGCCUUCAGAUUUAGUAGAGAAGUGCACAUUUUAGAAUAUGAGAUGAUGUUGCCCUCUGCUGGUUGUAAAUGUGUUUUUCUCCGUUGACAUUGUGACCACUAAAUCACCUGGGCUCAGUUUUUCAAAAGUUAUCUGUCUGGAUUUCGCCUAUUGGAUAGGAUUAAAUGCAUAGAAAUAGACUGACAGGAACGGGAAUCCCCAUUCAAGUCAACAAUUUGUCUGUUCUAUUCAUUCUAUUUCUAUGCACUUAAUCCUAUCCGAUAGGCCAAAUCCAGAAAACUUUUGAAAAACUGGGCACUGAGUAUUGCUUCACUGCGUGUAUCUUAAUUGUAUUUUCUUGAUUCUUCAUGUCCUCCCUCCUUGUCUCCUUCUGGUUCCUUCUCCUCUAAUGCGUUUUGAGAAGGAGGCAUAGAGAGAUGAUGUGAGAAAAAAUGUCAUGCAGUAUUGUGUUUUCAGUUGUGUAUCUUCUAUAUAUGAUCAAUUGAACCACCGUAAUACAUUUUGCUUGUGAAUUUGAGCUUUUUGGUGUUCAAGUGUUUUAUUAAAUUAAUAAAUCCAUCAUA